AUGCGAUUUGUUGAAGACGCACUUCGAAAAUAUGAACACAAUGUCGGUGUUCUUUUUAUUAUAACAAUCGAUCCGAGUAGAGUAUCGACUUCGAAAACUCCAUUCGCCAUUAUCGAUGAUUACAGUGCUUUUCCACAAGAACAAGAAAUUCUCUUUUCAAUGCAUACUGUUUUCCGUGUCGGUGAAAUCAAACGGACCGUCAACAAUAGUCGUCUGUGGGAAGUUGAAUUAACUCUCACAGACGACAAUGAUCCACAACUGGCUGCUCUCACACGCUGCAUUGAAGGAGAGCUCUAUGGAUCCACUGGGUGGCACCGAUUAGGUCAUUUGAUGCUCAAAUUGAGUCACUUCAAUCAAGCUGAAGAACUCUACAAUGAAUUACUUAAGAACUCCUCCAGCGAUAGUGAUAAAGCAGAUAUCUAUCAUAUGCUUGGAUGGUUGAAAACUGACCAAGGACAAUACAAAGAAGCAGCUUCAUUUUACUAA